AUCAAUAUCUCGUUUCGAGUACUUCAAAGUAAUUCAGAAAAAGUAGCGAAACUAUCCGCAAAAAAAUUGAGCGCUGAAGAACUUCUCUUUUUUCACUGCCAAACAUAUUUUGAACUUUAAAAUCAGCGCAAAGACUUGAUAAGUUUAUCAUUGGUUUUUUUCAGAAAAAGAUUCAAUUCUAAUCGAUUAUACAUUGUGCAAAUAAAUUGAGUAAUAUGAAAGGUGUCCGUUGAAUAAUUGAAAAAAAGGGAAAAAUCGUGCAUUAUUUGUUCGUUAAUUCAAGCGUUAUUGACCGAGAUAAAGAGAAUUUAUGUAACGCUCUCGUGCAACAUCUUCGGCUGUUUACGUGCCAUCAAUUGAUUUGGUUUUUUUUACCUUUAAAAAGUACACUGGUUUUGUUUUUACCAAAGUUCUAAAAUAACUACCGAAAUAAAAUGGAUACGGAAAAAAUGACACGAGCGAUGGCUCGAUGGUGGCAGACUGUCAACGAUCGUAAUGAUCCUGAUGCACGACCGAUGCUUUAUGAUCCCUUACAAGGGAGCAAAACUACAAAAGGCAGUCAAUAUCUUGCAACGAUCAUUGUUUGCAUGAGUGCUGCAGCAGCUGGAACAGGACUGUCAUGGAGCAAUUGCUUGGAUCAAUUGAAAAAAAAUGGUACAAAUAGUUCAGAAAUGCAAGGAGCAGAGAUCCAAUCAACAGGAAUCCAAUUAACAGAAGAGCAAGCAACAAUGGUUGCUUCAUGUUUGGCUAUCGGAGCGAUUAUAGGCGCAAUACCGUCUGGCAUAUUGGCAGAUAUGAAGGGACGAAAAACGGCAGCCAUUCUUAUCACCUUCCCAUACAUAAUCAGUUUUCUUCUCAUUGUAUUCGCUCAAAAUGUAUGGUGGCUUUAUAUAUCCCGUAUACUUAUUGGUAUUGCAAUUGGUGGUUCAUGUGUUGUAUGCCCUCUUUACAUUAGUGAAUAUGCCGAAUCAUCGAUUCGUGGCACGCUUGGCACGUGCUUUCAACUUUUCCUGACGAUUGGUAUUUUGUUUGUCUUCACUGUCGGAGCAUACUCCACUUAUAUAACAUUGAGUUGGUUAUGUUUGAUACCACCAAUUUUAAAUUUAAUCGGAUUAUUCUUUUUGCCGGAAAGUCCCAUUUGGCUAUUGAAAAAACAUGAGGAAACAAAGGCAGCAACUGCAAUAAAAUGGUUCUGGGGACGCCAUUGUAAUGCAAACACCGCAAUUCAAGCUAUAAAAAAUGAAUUGGAAGCGGCUGGAAGUGGAAGUGGUUCGAUUCGAGAUUUGUUUGCCGUAAGAGCCAAUCGUCGAGGCUUUUUAAUUUGUGUCAGUUUGAUGUUUUUCCAACAAUUUUCGGGUAUCAAUGCUGUGAUUUUCUUUGCCACAAAAAUUUUCAAAGAUGCCGGUUCAACAAUGGAGGCAAGCACAUGUUCAAUCAUUGUUGGUGUAGUGCAAGUGCUUAUGACAUUCGCGUCGGCAGCCCUCGUAGAACGAGCCGGUCGAAAGAUUCUUCUUUUAUUCAGCAGUACAGUAAUGGCCUUAUGUUUAGCUACAUUGGGAUACUAUUUCUUUUUGAAAGAUAGCGGCCAUAAUGUUUCAAACAUUGGCAUCAUUCCAUUAUUAAGUUUGGUGAUAUUCAUUAUUUGCUUCAGUUUGGGCUAUGGUCCGAUUCCAUGGAUGAUGAUGGGUGAGAUGAUGGCAGCCGACAUAAAAGGUAUUGCAACAUCGUUGACCGUCGAAUUCAAUUGGAUCUCUGUGUUUAUCAUUACAAGCUCAUUCGAACCGUUGAAGACCGCUUUGGGACCAGCAUAUACAUUCUGGAUAUUUGGUGUGAUUAUGGCUAUUGGAUCUGUCUAUGGUUUAAUGGUCUUAUUUGAAACAAAAGGCAAAAGCAGCACCGAAAUUCAAAUGAUUUUGGCCGGCCGAAAAUAAGGAAAAUGUAUUUUUUUUUGUGUCUUUAUUUUAUAUGACUAUUAUUAUUAAAUCAAUUCAAACUUCUGCUGUGCAUGUUUGCGGAUAAAAGAGAUUAUAUGCGCUGAAAUUGUAAAACAAAAUUAGAUUCUAGACAAUAAUUUUUAGGACACUUAUAAAAAAAACAAUCUUGUUAGGAAGACAAUCAUUUUGCCUGUAGGGAAUGUAAAACAUUUAGAGAUCGUAUUUUUGUAUAUAUUAAUAUUUACACUUAGUAUUUAACUAAAAUGAAACGAAAGAGAUACUUUUAGAUUGUGAACAAAUUAUUUUAUCCAAAAAUGAUCGUAUUACAAAUGCAUAUGUUUUUUUAGAGAAAGUAAAUAAAAAUUGUUAGGUUAUUUUAA